GUUUUUCGUCCACGAACUUGUCAAAAAAAAUGUCUUUUUUCCCUCAAGAAGGAGAGGCAUUUGGAGUAGCAGACUAGUAGUAGUUGUGCGUUCGUGGUGUUCUGCUUUCGCUUCGCUCCGCCGGCACCGCCGCCCAUGGCCUCUUCCAUGGCCACCGCCGCCGCCUCCCUCUCGCCGCCGGUUUUAUCCGCCGAAAGGCCAGCUGCCCGCGGCGGGCUCUUUUUCCCUGGUUCUCCGGCAAGCUCCCGCACCCUCUGUCUCAAAUCCGCCCGCCGCAGCGGGUUCUCGCCGGCGACCAGGAAGCCACGCUCCUUGCCUCGAGCGACCAAGGCUGUUGUGGCUGUGAAGGAUGAUCCCCUGAAGGUAAUGAUAGCAGGGGCUCCUGCAUCUGGAAAGGGAACGCAGUGUGAGCUCAUCAAGACCAAAUAUGAUCUGGUGCACAUUUCUGCUGGAGAUUUGCUAAGGGCGGAAAUUGCUGCAGGCAGUGAGAAUGGGAAGCGAGCUAAGGAAUUCAUGGAGAAGGGUCAGCUGGUUCCAGAUGAGAUUGUUGUUAAUAUGGUGAAGGGACGCCUUCUGCAACCAGAUGCUCAGGAAAAGGGUUGGUUGCUGGACGGGUACCCAAGAAGCUAUUCACAAGCAAUGGCACUGGAAACUCUUGGAAUCCGGCCUGACAUUUUCAUUCUAUUGGAUGUUCCAGAUGAAAUUCUUGUUGAAAGGGUAGUUGGGAGGCGUCUUGAUCCUGUAACUGGAAAAAUAUACCAUCUAAAGUAUUCCCCACCAGAGAAUGAAGAAAUUGCUUCAAGGCUUACACAGAGAUUUGAUGAUACGGAAGAAAAGGUUAAGCUGAGGUUGCAGACUCAUUAUCAAAAUGUAGAAUCCUUGCUAUCAAUAUAUGAAGAUGUGAUAGUUAAGGUAAAAGGGGAUGCUUUGGUGGAUGAUGUAUUUGCUGAUAUCGACAAGGAGCUGACUUCUAGCCUUGAUAAGAAAACAGAAGUGGUGGCUAGCGCAUGAGCAGAAGAGAUGUGCCGACUGAAUAUGCUCCUGAUUUAUACUUCUCCAUGUAGUUGGGAACUUGGAAAUAUGGGAAUUUUGGUUUGAAGAAUCCCAUGUAUUAUUGUAGACGAAUGUAAGUGACAAAGCAUCGACAUGAUAAUGUUAGAGGUCUAUCAUGCCCCUGAUGUACAUGCAUAGCUGCUGUCAUGUAAACAACUCUAACGAAGAAAAAUGGUUAGGAAUGCAUUCAUUUACAACCCUGAUAAAAGGUUUGACUUCA